AUGGAGAUAUUCUCGCCCAGAAGCCUCGGAUUGCUGGCCGUGGCAAGCAUUCUGGCAUUUGGCAACAGCCCGGAUCUAUUUCUCCUCCUCUUCUUCGCCGCCAUCAAGAAAUGGGACACGAUCCAAGCCCUCACAUUCUUCCUCAACGUCAACUCCUCCCUUCUCACCACCACCCUCAGUGUCGUAUUGACAGUCUUUAUCUGCUUCCAGAUAUACCGCUAUCUCAACACACUUCAGCAAACCUCGACACCAUGCCAUUUUCCCGUCAAGCCAAUGCUUUUCCCCUGCGAGACGGCUCACCAGAGGUUGUUCCCCAAGAGACAUGCCUUCGCUUAUUCGUACCUGCUGGUCGGGAUCCCCGUCGCUUGGAGAGGAUCUGUCGGAGGGAUGAUCUCUUCAGAAACGGAGAAGAAGGCAACGUCCUGGACGUCAAGACUAUUCUCUCUCAAGCCUCGGGGAGCCUGGUAUACGGUUAAUGGCGAUGAUUAUCUGGAACGAGGUCACGUGGAAGGCGGGCUGGAGGAGAAACUGCAUCGGUAUCUUGAGAGCCAGAAUGUUGAUCCUCAACAAUACACCCACGUCUACCUCCUGACCGCAGCUCGCUUUCUCGGCUACGCCUCCAACCCAGUCUCAAUCUGGCACCUCUAUUCUUCCACCAAAGAACUGAAAGCCUUAGUACUGGAAGUCAACAACACCUUUGAUGAGAAACGUACAUACUUUCUCGAGCCCGCUCAAUCCCCUUCUCCCUGCCCCCAAGAUGGCGUAAGCGAAGUCCAAAAACCACCUCGCUACACAGGCACCUGGCCGAAAGACUUCUACGUCUCAACCUUCAACUCUCGCAACGGCUCAUACUCGCUGUCGGCCAGCGACCCCUUCUUCCCGUACAUGACCAAGGCAGGACCCAUUAACACUACCAUCACACUGAACUCCUCCUCCUGCAAACCGAAACUCGUAGCGAGGGUCUACUCGGCCGGUCCUGCACUCGACCCAACGACCAUGUCCGCGUGGGCGAAGACGAGAUUUCUAGCCUCGUGGUGGUGGGUCGGGCUCGCCACGUUCCCUCGAACCGUCAAGGAAGCGCUGAACCUGCUGAUGAGGAAAGGCAUGCCAUGGGUCUUCCGCCCAGAGCCGAGGAAGGAGACGAUGGCGCGGAAAGCAGACCCUCUGGAACUGAUGAUUGAGAAGCAUUUUCGAAACUACAUCCGUCAUCAAGUAGUCAAUUCGUCUUCUGAGCCGGUAUCAGUCCGCUACAUCCCCGCCGGUCUCGUUGGUCCCGCUGCAAGAGAGGAGUUGAUGGCUUCGCCGUCUGCAGAUUCCGACACGCCGGUAGAAGAACUGCGAGUUCUGACGCCCCUCUUCUAUUCCCGACUUCCGCAGUACGAGUUCAUUGUCGGAGCAUUGCUCGCCGAAGCAGCAUCUGGGACUAUCUCGCUAUCUCCGAAUCUCCUCCAAGUUCUCGAAUUCCCCGCCGUCUCCAUCACAGCCAACCCAUCGAUCCAGGGAAACCCCGACGAAGUGCUCAGAUUGUCCGUAAUAGACCUUAACUUCCUCGCUGCGCUCCGCAAACGCCCCGCGGCGAUUGCAAUACCCGAGCAAGAGAGAGCGGCGGCAACGAAGCCUCCAAAGCUGACGGGCGAUCCCGGACUAGGGAGUCUGGACCACUUCAUCCUGUCCACGGUUUCCACGCACGAGUGGAGGCUAUACGUCAAGAAGGUGCUGAAGUUGAUGAUCGCGGGGAGAGUCGCUCUAGGCAUGACAGAGCUUCUCGAUCUUGAGAUCUUGGUGCUGAGAGCCGGUGCUGCGUGGGGAGUUGUGAAGCUGUUGUUGAACUGA